GUAUAUGUAUAUAUUAGAAUUCCAUGGUAGCCCUAGAGGUGGGAGAUAAAAACCAAUAGAUGAAAGAACCGCCACACAGGAUUCCGGUUUGCAAGGUUCCAUAUGAGCGAUUGAUUGCUUUCGUGUGCGGGGGAUGGGGGGGCGCUGUUGCGAGGUUUGUAAGGUGGUAGCGACGAGCAGUACGUACAGGAAUGCAAAUGGUUUAUGGAUGUGGGAUGUAUGCUGUGUAUGUAUAUAGUUCACAUUGUCCUAAGCGGUCCCAAGAAUGGGGUAUUGAAACAAAAAGUGGGUGGCGGAGGAAUGCAAUCGUAGUUAGGCUUAUUUGCAUAUGAUUAUUAAGAGUGAAAUUUCUGGUGCAUCUUAUUUUAAUCAGCAAGAUUAUAUUUUGGUAUAUGUUUCAAGUAUUUAUAGACUUGCGAAAUAAAUUUAUGGUGAAAAUUCUGAUCGAUAUGGGACUAUUUCUCACGUGAUCAAAUGUACGAAGAUGGCUGAAUUUGGUUUUUAGGUGUAGAAACGCUUUGCGAAAUAUUCAUGUUCGCAGAAAGUUUUAGAAACGUGACAAAUUCAUGGCGAUUUUAAGUCGGAUAUUGGAAGAAUUAAAUGGGUGCCACCAGAAGUCCUCUAUGGAGGAAGAUUUCUGUUUGAGGUGCUAGCGACGCCAGGGGCCGUCCUUGCAAUGGCCACACAAGUGGAUUAUCAGUGGGCUUACUCCAUCAUGGAUUCUUCGCGGGUCUCAACGUUUCUCAUCUCCAUUCUGCUUAUUGUAUAUGGCAGCUUCAGGUCAUUGAAUAUGGAGCAGGAGGCCCGCGAACGAGAAAAGGAGAAGGAACGAACACAGAGUUUGACUGGCCUUCCAGCAGCAACAACAGGACCUGGUGGUGAUAAUAAUGUUCAGACUCUCGACACAAUGCAAGCAUUGUGCUUGCCUUUGGGAGCGUCUAUUUCCCUGCUAGUAAUGUUCUUCUUCUUUGACUCUAUGCAAAUGUUGUUUGCAAUCUGCACAGCAAUAAUUGCCACUGUUGCUCUGGCAUUCCUCCUGUUACCUAUGUGCCAGUAUGUCAUCCGGCCGUGCUCUGAUGGAAAUAAGCAAGGAGUUUCUGCUGUCCAUGUACAGCCAUAUAUGGUCAGAGAACUUGGUCCCAGCUGCCUGGAGAGAAACACCAGUUAUCCCUAUUCUGAAGUCAGGAUCUCAUUUGGGAUGUGUGGACGAUUCACCGGAGCAGAACUUCUCUCCUUUUCAUUAGCUGUUUUCAUUGUAUGUAUAUGGGUUCUGACUGGCCAUUGGUUACUAAUGGAUGCAAUGGGAAUGGGUCUGUGUGUGGCUUUUAUUGCCUUUGUGCGCCUUCCAAGUCUCAAAGUGUCAACGUUAUUGCUGACUGGACUUCUUAUUUAUGAUGUAUUCUGGGUAUUCUUCUCCUCCUAUAUCUUCAAUACCAACGUUAUGGUCAAGGUGGCAACUCGGCCAGCAGAGAACCCUGUGGGCUUAGUGGCUAGAAAGCUUCACCUGGGUGGUGUUGUAAAGGAGGCCCCUAAACUUUCAUUGCCAGGCAAACUUGUGUUUCCUAGUAUCCACAACUCAGGACACUUUUCAAUGCUGGGUCUGGGUGAUAUAGUCAUGCCUGGGUUGCUACUUUGUUUUGUCCUCCGUUACGAUGCCUACAAAAAAUCGCAGCUACUGCAUCUUGGAGAAACUGGCGUUCCUCCACCAAAGCAUUUCAACAAGCUCAGCUACUUCCACUGCUCUCUAAUUGGAUACUUCUUAGGCCUGCUGACAGCAACUGUCUCGUCAGAGGUGUUCAAAGCAGCGCAGCCAGCAUUAUUAUACUUGGUACCCUUCACGUUGCUGCCCCUUCUCACUAUGGCCUACUUGAAGGGUGACUUAAGAAGAAUGUGGAGCGAACCGUUUAUUAUCCAUCCUCCACCAAAACAUUUGGAAGUCUGACAUGUCUUCAGUUCUUAUUCUCUGCCGUUCAUCCCUUGCUGAUGAAGAUGCUGCUGCAUAGGUUAUGUCAGUCGUGUUUUAAGUGAUCAGAAUGAAUGAGCAGACAAACUGUGUCCUGUGUAUUUGUUUUUUGUUAUUGAAAAUGUGUUCAGUGAUGAACAAGCUGAAGAUAUACAUUCCCAUUUCAGCUUGUUAGAACUGCAUUUGUCUGUUAUUACACUGACAUAGUAAGGCAACUCGUCAGAAAUCCUUCACAUUCAGUCACAGCAUUCAUUCAUUCAUUCAUUCAAACAAUCAUCAUAAUUAUACAAUAAAUCCAGGAACACAGGAGUCCAGUUUGAAGAAAGUGUCAAUUCAGUCCAAUAUGAUCAUGCUGAUGUCACUGACAGAACAGAAAAGAGAUCAAAUAUUUUACUUUCUCAUCCGCAAAGAACACAAAUAUAGGAUGCCUAGUUCAAUAUAUGGAUUAAGUGGGUGAGAAAUCUCUACUGGCAUAAUACUCAUUGCCAUAUUACAUUGUCUGAUCUUUGGUGAUAUGCACAUAUAUAUUUAUGUGUCAAUGAAAGUAGUCUAUAUAGAGUACACAUAACUGAAAUUUACUUCAUUUUACAACAUGUCAUGCAUGUCUUUGUGAGAUUAAUUUUAGAUUAUUUUUUAUUUGUAAAUAUUACUAUACUAAAUGUAUUUUUUACAAAAUUUCAUUAUAUUUAUUAGAGUUGUAAAAAUGAGAUAAACUCCACUCCUUAAUUAUCUCCAGCGGAUGAAAAGAAGCCUUAAAAUGGGCAAAACCAGAAAGACAUAUGGGAGCUGUAGUCCCUUUACACACACAGACCUGGUUUAACACCAGUGAAUCAUUUCACUGAAUGUUUCAAUUGUAAAAUGUUGAAAAUUUUGGCAUGUAUCUACAUGAAAUGUGAUUUCAGUUUAUUGUAAAUUUUGCGAUAAGUGACUCAUUCAGUGUGGUUCAAUUCUACAACUCUAGUCAUGCCUGUUUCUUAACAGCAUUCCUACAAGAAAAAGAAAAGACAGACAAAAAGGAAAUGUCUCGUGUGCUCUUUAAAGAGAGUGACUAGCAUCCAAAUGUAUGCAGAUUAAUUCAUAAUCUAUAAAGGUGUAUUGGCUGAUGAUUCGUAUAAGGAGUUGUAUGUUCUAGUUAGAGGAGAUAACACAAGGGGUUCAGAUUAUUGGGCAGUGCAGCAGUGAACUAUAUAGGUCAUGUAAGAUUUGAGGCUUUAUAGGUCAUGUUAUGAGGUGAGAAUUAGUAUGUUGGGUCAGACAAAACAGGGACAGUGACAGAGUACAGAGAUAAUCUUGGCUUAUUAAAUAUGAAAGUUCUCUGCCAUUGCCAGCUUAAUCAGUAAAGUAAGCAUAUGCAGGUUAGAUGACAACAUAGAUCAGAUGCUUGCAGCAGUGACUUCCGAUGAGAUAUUCAUUAGCAGCACAUUGGACCUUCUUGUAGCUAAGGACAGAAGAAAUACGGGUUAGAGAAAACACCAGCCAUCAGCCUUGGCAUUAGAUGGAGGUCAGAGAUCUUCAUUCUCAGUUGCCUUUAUGUGGAAUAGGAGUCUGAAUGUUUUUGCAAAGGAAAAGAAAAAUCAUUGUCCAUGUGGAAAAUCAAAACCAUUCUCAGUCACUUUCCUGACACCUACCAUAGAUCCAUCUAUGUAAUGAAUAAUAGUAACUUGAGUGUGCCCGAAGGUCCAUCAUGGUCUUCCACCACUCCACCCCAUGUGUGCGCAUGUAUUUUCCAGCUCUGUAUGAGUCGUGUUAGCUGGUUCUCAUUAACUGUUGCUGAGAAUGAAGGCAUUCUCAGUAGCAGUAUAGACUUUUGUGUUUUAUAAGCAAAUGAAUUUUAUAUUUUCAUAUGGCGAUUGCAGAAUUUAAAGUUCAGAGAUCAAGGCUUUUAUAAUUACCUUAUAAGCAUUACUUCCAUGACAGUUACUUUAAUUUUUAGUAAACACUGAAAAUUGCAUUGUCUGUUUUUACUUCCAAUUGGACAGUUGGCCAAUGACAGUGGCCGCACAGUCUAAGGCAUGUAAUGUCUUCGCUCGUUCAAACACUGGGGUCGUGGAUUUGAAUCCCACUCAAGGCAUGGAUGUUUAGCAUUUAUUCUGUUUGUAUGUAGGUAGUGAACUUGCGACAGGCUGAUCCCUCAUCUGAGGAGUCCUGCUGACCAUCUAAGAUUAAGAAACUGAACUGAAAUGAAGCUUUUCACAGAUGCCUUAAGCUCCAAGUGGGAGCAUCAGGAACAGAGAUAGAAGAUAGAUAGAUUGGACAGAGGCACAACUUCCCUACUACUCAGUAUUUAUCCCAAGAAGGAACUUGGAUAAGAUGGGAGCCAGAAGUAUUGCAAAUAGGGAAAAGGAGGAAUGUACUUUCUGGGAUUAAAUUCACAUAUAUUGCACAGUUUAAGCACUAUUUACAUGUGAUGCAAAGUAACUUAAACAUUAAUUCAUAAGAGCAUGAAGAAGGUGAUGCAAAAUGUGUUGGGCAGAUAUGAGGUUUACAUUGAUAUUCAGCUUCAAUGUUUAAAACUAUACUCCCCAACAUUAAGUUCAUUGUUUUGCUCUUAUUAAUGUUCAGCACUACAUUUCAUUCACUUUUGUUUCAGAUAAGAGAGAUGAUAAAUGUUUACUAUGUUAUAAGGUGCACAUUUUUUUUUUUUACUAAUUUAAAUGUUAUGUAAUUCGUUGUAAUAUGAACUAUGUGUUGACCAGCCACUGGCUGUAGAUGUUGUGACAACUAUUUCUCAUUAAAUUUUUUGUUUUCCUCCCUGCUUUGGCCAAACUGUGAUACCCAUCAUGUGAGUGUGCAUUGGGUUUGUAUAACCUGACAGUGAUAUCAGCAGAGCAAACAUGGUUUAUCAUUGUCCUCAAUUGCAUAUGUACAUUUCAUUCAUUGACAUGUAAACAUGGUUUGCGUAUUAGGACAUUUGAAUACUGUGAUGUUAGCAGAUGAAUUUUCAGAUUCAUCAGUGAAUGAAAGGAAGAAAUCUGCUUCAACUAACCUAUGUGUGGGGCGUAGGUAUAAAAGAACAAGUUUCAAAGUGUGUAUUUGUGAUGUAAAAUGAUUUGAAGUGGAAGUUGAUUAUAUCAUUAUUUAUUACUUACAGAUGGAUAUACUUUCACUAGAAUGUUUUUUAAUGUUCUCUACAUUAGUUUACCAGUUGUGUGAGUUUUUCUAUCCCUAGUCACACAGAUUGUAAUUUGGAAGUUUAAGUUUUUAUAUGGCUCGUAUAUAUUAAAAGCAACAUUGCUUUCAGUUGAA